UUGACUUGGCUGUCUCGCGCACAGGUGGGAGCUCCGGUUUGACGAGACAGGGCUGCUGUUGUUCUGAAAAAAGCCCGAGAGCAGCCGGACACACACUUUUAUAUGCCUUUAAAAUUAAACAUGAGAGGAUAAUUAUAUUUUUUAGCAUCAGCCGGUCAGAAAAAGUGAUAUUUUUCUCGGUUUGGUGGAGAAAAGCCUGAGCGGAGGAGACAAAUUGGCCGCAAAUUGCGCCGUCACACUUUAAUGGGAGCGGUGACCUGAGCAGAAAUGGCAGCUGACGACAAAGUUGCCAUCCUGACCGACGAUGAGGAGGAGCAGAAGAGGAAGUACGUGUUGGCCGAGCCGUUCAACUCUCUGUCCACGGAGUUGCCGCCGCAAAACUCGCCGCCGGCCUCGGACUCUCCGCCCGCCGACGCCGAGUCAUCACCCGUCUCUCCGGCCGACUCCAUCGACUGCUGCGAGCGCCUCUGCCUGCGCGUCAACAGCCAGCUACUCAUCUCCAAGAUCUUCUACUUCUUCUUCUAUGCGGCGUACGGCUCGCUACACCCCCUGCUGGCCGUCUACUACAAACAGCUGGGCAUGUCGGCCAGCCGCAGCGGCCUGCUGGUCGGCAUCCGCUACUUCAUCGAGUUCUGCAGCGCGCCGUUCUGGGGCGUCGUGGCCGACCGCUUCAGGAAGGGCAAGGCGGUGCUGCUGUUCUCCGUGCUCUGCUGGCUCGUCUUCAACUGUGGCAUCGGCUUCGUGGAGCCUGCCGAGAUGAGCUGCAAAGAAAAAGGAGUCAGUACCAUCACGCCGACUGUGGCCCCGACAGCGCUGACUCCUCCUCACCUGGACGCUAACGCCACCAAUGGCACGCGGCACCGCCGCAGCCUGGACGUCCUCCUGCAGCUUCCUGUGCUGCAGACGCUCCUCAGCUCCUUGGAAAGCGGGAUCCACCGCUUCAAACGAGGCGUCGGAUCCAACGUGACCUCGGCUCCCUCCACGCCGGGCAACACCACCCAGCCGACGCCGAACACCACGACCACGACCGCCGGCACGACGUCGCGCCCCGCCCCGACCCAAGCCAAAGAGUACCAGAUCAUCUACAACCGGGACCAGGUGGAGAACAUCUUCCUCCUCAUCCUGCUCGUCAUCAUCGUGGGCGAGUUCUUCAGCGCGCCGGCCGUCACCAUCGUGGACACGGUGACGCUGCAGUACCUGGGCAAGGCGCGCGACCGCUACGGCCUGCAGAGGAUGUGGGGCUCACUGGGCUGGGGCCUCGCCAUGCUGCUGGUGGGCAUCUGGAUCGACCACACCCACCUAACCGUGCACAUCGACGGCGUCGGCUGCGUGCUGCCUGAAUACCGCCUGCACAACUACCGCAUCGCAUUCAUCGUCUUCGGCGUGCUGAUGGGCGUGGCUUUCGUCGUGGCCACGCAGUUCUACUUUGAGAAAGGCGGGAACUACCGGCAGGAGCUGCCAGAGGUGGAUGCUCCGGCGGCGGCAGAGGAGGAGGAGACUGCCGGCGUGCGGGCAUCGCCAGACUCGGAGCAGUCGGCCGGCGGUGCGGCGGCGGCACAGGAGUUCCACUACAGCGACCUGCUGCGGCUGCUGUGCAGCGUGCGCUACGGCUCGGUGCUGUUCGUCGCCUGGUUCAUGGGCUUCGGCUACGGCUUCGUCUUCACCUUCCUCUACUGGCACCUGGAGGACCUGAAGGGCACCACCACGCUGUUCGGCGUCUGCUCCGUCCUCAGCCACGCCUCCGAGCUCGCCGCCUACUUCACCAGCCACAAGUUCAUCGAGCUGGUGGGACACAUCAGGGUGCUGUACGUGGGCCUGGCCUGCAACACGGCGCGCUACCUGUACAUCUCCUACCUGACCAACGCCUGGAUCGUCCUGCCCAUGGAGGUGCUGCAAGGAGUGACCCACGCCUCGGUUUGGGCAGCCUGUAUCUCCUACCUGAGUGCGGCCGUCCCCCCGGCGCUGCGCACCUCAGCGCAGGGCAUCCUGCAGGGGCUGCACCUCGGCCUGGGCCGCGGCUGCGGGGCCAUGGUGGGCGGAGUCUUCGUCAACUACUUCGGCGCGGCAGAGACGUUCCGGGGCAUCGGCAUGGCCUCCCUCAUCAUCCUCCUCAUCUUCUCCUUCAUCCAGUGUCUGAGCGGAGAGAGCGAGGAGAAAGAGGACUGCAUGCUGGCAGAGAACAUCCCCGUGCCGUCCAGCCCGGUCCCCAUCGCCACCAUCGACCUGGUGCAGAGCCAGAGCGCCGGCGGAGGCCCCGCCCCCCCGCAGGCGGCCGCCGUGCUGCCCGUCAGGAAGACCAAACACCAGGAGGAGCAGGAGGACGUGAGCCGGCCCACCUGGGUGCUCUCCGGCGCCCCCUGGGUCACCUUCGCCUUCGCCCUGCUGCAGAUCAGAGAGAUGAUGAGCGCCGCCAAGAACGGGCCGCCGCCGGAGACACAGCCGCUACAGGUGCCUAACGAGCGGCCGGUGGUGGAGUACCAGGCGGUGUCACACAGAAACCCCCCCGACGCCAACGCCGUGACGGAGCCGCCCGGGUCUGUGUGCACGCCAGACGCCGCCUCAGAGACCAGCUCUCCCCCCCCGGCAGAAACCGGCUCUCCCGAGCACAGAGACCAAACGCACCCGGCAGGACGAGCCGAGGAAGACGCACCGUGAUGAAGCUUCUGGAAACCGCUGUCAUGUGACUUUUCAUCAAACAAACCACAGAAACUUACCCGCCGCAGAGAAACGUCUGAAGGAAAUGUUAAAUGCGAUAUAUUUUGAUGGGGGUUUUUUUGUUUGUUUAUGGGGGAAUUGGAGGUGCGCCUGGUUCAGCCUUGGUUCAGGCGGCUGAAUCAAACGCACCUCCCAGGAGGGCUGCACCGAGAAUGAAGGAAAAUCCUGCAACGCACAAAACAAACAAACAAACAAACAAAGUGCAUCUUAACAUGUCCUGAGUCUAAACAUCGAUCUGGUUAAAGUCUAAAAAGCCACCAGGGAAAAAAACAGCUGGUAGUGCAAAAAUAAAAACAGGCAAUAAUAAAUGUUAUUUUUUUAAUGUUAUAGUUCAAUUAUGAAAUUCUUAACCCUAUAAAGCCAUUUGUAUCAUA